UCGGUUCAACGGAAACACUCCUUAUGACUCGUUAGAACUCAAAUCUUUCAAACGCCAACUCAACUCAGCUUUCCAUUAACGAACCAUGUCCAUGCCUGAAUUCAUCGUCGACACCACCGGAGCUCAUCCUCCAUUUGAGUACUCGACUACCCUUCCUCCACCCGUUUCCAAGAAGCAGCCUUCCAAAUUCUCCCGCUCCAUCGUUAAACUCUUCAAAUUCAUGUUCAAGUCCAGACAAAGCUCGAGCCAUUCGGUUUUGUGGCUGAAACAAAGAUCACUCGAGGAGUACUACGUGAUCUACGACAAGACGGGUGCACUGACGACGAUCCCCGAGGUUCCCGAGAUCGAUUUCGGAGGGCUUUCACCGGAGAUCAACUCGUUGGUUAUCGAGAGAAGUGAAUCGGAGAGAUUCACGGCUGCCUCUACCGUCGGUAUUUCAUGUGCUUGAUAUACUAAGCAUAAAAGAAGCCGAUUAUACAGAAAUAUUAUAUAUGUAUAUGAAUAACGACGAUGUGAUCAAAUAGUCGGUAUUCCUAGGAUGCAUGCUUUCUCUUUUAAGGUUACUUUUUUAGUUGAAGUUUUCAACUUUGACCCUUUCACGUCUCAAAUAUAUGAUCAUCAGCUGAAUCCAUUUAGGGUUACAAUCAAGCUGGUGCACUUCGCUUUAUGUAUGGAGUUACUGUUCAAGAUGUUCCAUUAUUCUUGUUUU